AUGUCCGAUCCUAGCACACAGGUUGCACCUGUGGACCGACUCCCCAUGGAGAUUUGGGACCAGGUUCUCCUAGACCUCAUGGAUGUCGAAUACCAGUUGGACCCACACCCUCACCUUGUGACGGAGAGAUUCCCAGCUGAAAUCUGCGCCGUAAGUCGCCGGUGGCAUCAGCGCUUCAACCCCAUCCUAUACCACCGAUUUGACUUUAAAAACCUCCUCCGAGAGAUCAAACCACUCUGGUGCCUGUUGCGCACGCUGGUUGCUCGUCCCGACCUCGCGGCGCUUUUCCGCGAGAUCACCAUGUUCAGCCCGCGCUUCCCCAUUGAUUUUGCCAAUCUUGAGAGCCCGGAUGCGAAACAGCACAUGACAGACCUCUAUGCGCAAAAUGUCGACAUGGUCCGGCAGGCCAUGAUCCAGGCUCGAUUUGAUCUCGCUGCGCUUCCCGGAGGCGAUUUGAUCCCGUUGGCGACGAGAUAUCUAAGCUGUGAUGUGAACGACCUCGACGGAAAUUAUCAUCUGAACCAUGUUGCCGCCCUACAGGCCCUGAUUUUGGCGCAUGUGCCGAAGAUCGAACGCUUGAGUCUGCAAACCUUGGCUAACGAUCCGUUUCUCGAAAGAAUCCUCGAUGUCGCGAGAGCGCCCAGCGACAGAAACAGUCCUGGUAUCGCCUUUCAGCACCUGGAAACCCUCAAUGUCGCCCCGAACAGUGUCCGUGAUCCUUACCUCGGCAGCUCAAGGAUUAUUCACAACGGCCAGGCAGUUUUUUCCGGCAAGCGUCAGUAUCACCGUCUGCCCAAGCUGACAGAAUUCACGCUUCUGGAAGGCCGGAUCGACCCCAACGCAGUGCAGCACCGAACCGCGCUCAGGAAACUGUCGCUGCCCGAGAUUCAGAAUUACCUCCCUCAGAUCACGCCGUUGUUGAGCUUAUCCUCCGAUCUCCGGCAGCUCUCCAUCAGCAGCAGCUACGAAAGGGGACCCGUCUUCCACAACAAAUUCUGGGCCGCCAUCGCGCACUUGAAAGAUCAACUCGAGUACCUCGACUUCUUCGAAGCCCCCUACCCUUACAUGCCCAACCAAACACGGUACUUCCACGAGGUCGACGAGAAGUUCUCCCUCUGCCCACCUCUGCCCAAAUUCACCAAACUGCGCGUCCUCAAAACAAACCCUUUGGUCCUUUACGGCCACAACUGCAAGAAGCACGAGACGCACGGCGAGACAGAGGAGACGGCCGAGACGCCCAACAAGCUAGCAAGCCACAUGCCCCCGAACCUCGAGUCCCUCGGCCUCUACGUCAAGCGCUCCGCCUGGAUGUCCACAUACAUCAAAGAGCUCGAGACCGAACUCGAAGGAAUCGUCCUCGACGCCGUCCCGCGCAGAAAACUCACUCACAUCAUGGCCGACAACACGGACCGCGUCCCCUUUGACAAGAUGCGUGCCGCCGCAGAGAAGCACAGGAUCCCAUUUGUCGGACCCAGGGAGGCGAUGGCAUGCGGUGGCCGCGACACGAUUUUCGCGGACCAGACCAGGCCCGGAAGUUCCGCGGCUGGGAUGAACCUGAAUAUGUUUAGGUAUAUUUAUUUUGCGAAUAUGAUACCGGUGAGGAUGAAGGUGCAUUCGAUUGCGGGGAUGUUGCAGAAUGUGCACGAGUGGAAGAGGAAGCGUCAGGAUCCGCCUGCUUUCUGGAACGCGGGUGCGAAGCGGGCGAGACAUUGA